AGCGCUCUUGCCCAUCUGUUUACGACUAGCAAGUGGUACUUUCUUGCUUCAAUUCUCUCAAUCAACCACCAUCCUCACUUGCCUUCGAGUUUGAAAUCCACACUUUCGCUUCUUCUUUGAUCUCCGUCUCGACCUCGUCAACUUUAUCACAAUGUCGACCGCCCUCAAGUCCAUCAAGUCUCUGGUGCCCCUCCUCGAUCGAGUUCUGGUGCAACGAGUCAAGGCCGAAGCUCGCACCGCCGGUGGUAUCUUGCUUCCCGAAUCGAGUGUCAAGGAACUCAACGAGGCCAAAGUUCUGGCCGUCGGACCCGGCGCCUUUGACAAGGAUGGCAAGCGCAUCGUCAUGAGCGUUCAGGCUGGUGACAAGGUCCUCAUCCCUCAAUAUGGUGGAAGCCCCGUCAAGGUUGGCGAGGAAGAAUAUCACCUUUUCAGAGAUGCCGAGUAUGUCCCUAUCGCUACUUGCUUUGUUGCUUGACUUUUUGGGCUUGUGUCAGCCAGCUAACCUGCGGUGCACCUUCAAGGCUCCUCGCCAAAAUCCAGGAGUAGAUUCCAUGUCGUCUCUUGAGUCGCCUCACCAGGCCCCGAUUAGUCGAUGUGUUGUAGCUCCGGAUCCAUCCUAUUUGCACCAUCGCGAGACCAUCGCUGCUCCACCGAACCCCGACACCGACCUUGGGGCCAUGCAUACACCCAUGUACACCAUGUAACAUCACCAAAACCAGAUUUCGAAUGAGGUUGCCCGCAAGGAUUUGACAGUCUCGAGAUUUGGACGCAGAUGGAAGCACAAUAAUCAACCCUUAGCAUACUAUAUCUCAUGGAGCAGAAGAAAAAUGGACAAAGAAUCAAAGCGGCUGUUGAAGCACCAUCUUGGGAGAGUGCAGAGUCUGUGUUUUGUUCUUGCAUAUACCAUGCACGCUACCAUUCGGUCCAUGUGUACCUAAGUAGCUCCUAUAUUCUGCAAAAGAAAGCCCCCAAUACAAGUCAUCUCCGCUCA